AUGAUCCAACAUGUGACCAAGCAUACAGGUGAGCGUCCUUUUAAGUGUAAAAAGUGUCCAUUCCGGUCCAGAUGGAAGCGAGAUCUAAUCAAACAUCAAGUGAAGCAUUCGGAUGAGAAGAAAUAUAUGUGUUCACAGUGUGACUUUACUACCAAAUGGUACAACAAUAUCAAGCACCAUCAAAUCAAACAUUCGACCGAGAGACCCUUCUCGUGCCAUAUUUGUGAUAUGAAAUUCAAGCGUAAGACUGGGCUGGAUUACCAUUUAUACAGACACAACGACUACAAACCAAAGAAAUGCCCUAAAUGUGAUUUUCGGUGCAAAACAAAAUCAGAUUUAAGCAAACAUAUUAAAAUCCAUUCCAAUGUUAGAGACAAAAUAUGUGAGAUUUGCAACAAAGGAUUUGCAACGUUUGCAAAUUUGUCCAAGCAUAAACUCCGACAUGUGACUGAACGUAAAUUUCAAUGUGAACUUUGUACCCGUAGAUUUAAAACCAGAAUUUCUUUAAGAAACCACCUUACUACACAUAAUGACCAUAAACCCUUUUCAUGCGAUGUUUGUGGGCAUAGAUUCCGAAACAGGCAUAACAUGAAAACACAUAAAUUGACUCAUUCCGAAGAUCGGGCAUUUAAAUGUCCCAUUUGCCCAUACGCUGGUAAAUUUCCAUUCCACAUUUUUGCCCAUAUUGGCACAUUUCACGGUGAUAAGUAUGCUUAUUUUUGUGAAAUUUGUAGGAAACCGUUCAGAAGAUACAGCCAGCUGCAGACUCAU